AUGGCUAUCUUAAAAAGAGGAGCUAGAAAGAAAGCCCAUCAGGAACCAGCCAAACGUUCUACGAAUAUUAAGAAAGCCACUUUCGAUUCCUCGAAGAAGAAAGAAGUUGGUGUGUCUGAUCUGACACUUUUGUCCAAAAUUUCUGAUGAAGCCAUAAAUGAAAACUUGAAGAAAAGAUUUCAGAAUGCUACGAUUUACACUUACAUAGGUCAUGUGUUGAUUAGUGUCAAUCCAUUCAGGGACCUUGGAAUAUACACAGAUGCGGUUAUGAAUGAAUAUAAAGGAAAGAAUAGAUUGGAAGUCCCACCACAUGUUUUUGCGAUUGCAGAAUCUAUGUACUACAAUAUGAAAUCAUACAAUGAAAACCAAUGUGUUAUUAUUUCUGGUGAAUCGGGUGCCGGUAAAACUGAAGCUGCCAAACGAAUUAUGCAAUAUAUUGCUGCCGCUUCAAGCGCCCACACAGAGUCAAUUGGUAAAAUUAAGGACAUGGUCCUAUCCACCAAUCCGCUGCUAGAAUCUUUUGGUUGUGCAAAGACGUUAAGGAACAAUAACUCUUCCAGGCACGGUAAAUAUUUGGAAAUUAAAUUUAAUAAUCAAUUUGAGCCAUGUGCAGGUAAUAUCACAAACUACCUGUUAGAAAAACAGAGAGUUGUGAGUCAAAUUAAGAAUGAAAGAAAUUUUCAUAUUUUUUAUCAGUUUACGAAGGGUGCUUCAGACACUUACAGGCAAACGUUCGGAGUUCAAAAACCGGAACAAUAUGUGUACACAGCGGCUGCCGGGUGUAUUUCAGCCGACACGAUUGAUGACUUACAAGAUUACCAAGAAACAUUGAAAGCUAUGAGGGUUAUUGGUCUCGGGCAAGAGGAACAAGACCAAAUAUUCAGAAUGUUGGCGGCAAUCCUUUGGAUUGGUAAUGUUUCCUUCACUGAAAAUGAAGAAGGAAAUUCGCAGGUUAGAGACACGUCUGUAACUGAUUUUGUUGCAUAUUUGCUACAAAUAGACAGUCAAUUAUUAAUCAAGUCACUUGUAGAAAGAAUUAUGGAAACCAACCAUGGUAUGAAAAGAGGGUCAGUGUAUCACGUUCCAUUAAAUAUUGUUCAAGCUGAUGCAGUCAGGGAUGCCCUGGCAAAAGCCAUUUAUAACAAUUUGUUCGAUUGGAUUGUUGGGAGAGUUAACAAAUCCUUACAAGCUUUCCCGGGCGCUGAAAAAUCCAUUGGUAUUCUUGAUAUCUAUGGUUUUGAGAUUUUCGAACAUAACUCCUUUGAGCAGAUUUGUAUCAAUUACGUUAAUGAAAAGUUACAACAGAUUUUUAUUCAACUGACAUUGAAGUCAGAACAAGAAACAUACGAGAGAGAAAGAAUUGAAUGGACUCCAAUUAAAUAUUUCGAUAAUAAGGUUGUCUGUGAUUUGAUCGAAGCGAGGAGACCACCUGGUAUAUUUGCCGCGAUGAAUGAUUCUGUUGCAACAGCCCAUGCCGAUUCAAAUGCAGCUGAUCAAGCUUUUGCCCAACGUCUAAACUUGUUCACAACAAAUCCACAUUUUGAUUUAAGAUCCAACAAGUUUGUGAUUAAGCAUUACGCCGGUGACGUUACAUAUGAUAUCGAUGGUAUCACGGAUAAAAAUAAGGACCAGUUGCAAAAGGAUUUGGUAGAAUUAAUUGGCACUACCAGUAAUACAUUCUUGGCCGCAAUUUUCCCAGAUACCAUCGAUCGAGAGUCGAAAAGAAGACCACCUACAGCAGGUGACAAAAUUAUUAAGAGUGCAAAUGAAUUGGUUGAAACUCUAUCAAAGGCACAGCCCUCAUACAUCAGAACGAUCAAGCCGAAUGAAACAAAAUCACCUAAUGAUUAUGACGACCGCCAAGUUUUACAUCAAAUCAAGUAUCUAGGGUUGCAAGAAAAUGUGCGCAUAAGAAGGGCAGGUUUUGCAUACAGACAAGUGUUUGAUAAGUUCGUAGAAAGAUUUUAUUUACUAUCGCCUCACUGUUCUUACGCUGGUGAUUAUACCUGGCAAGGUGAUACCUUGAACGCUGUUAAGUUCAUUUUAAAAGAUUCCUCUAUCCCGCAGCAGGAAUAUCAAUUGGGUGUUACAAGUGUUUUCAUCAAAACGCCUGAAACAUUGUUUGCUUUGGAGCAUAUGAGAGACAGAUAUUGGUACAAUAUGGCUGCCAGAAUUCAACGUGCUUGGAGAAGAUUCUUGCGGAGAAGAAUUGAUGCUGCUAUUAAGAUUCAACGUACUAUCAGGGAGAGAAAAGAAGGUAAUAAGUACGAAAAGCUGCGGGAUUAUGGUACCAAGAUUUUGGGCGGGAGAAAAGAAAGAAGAUCCAUGUCACUACUAGGCUAUAGGGCCUUUAUGGGUGAUUACCUGUCAUGCAAUGAAUCCAAAUCUAAGGGUGCCUAUAUCAAAAGGCAGGUGGGAAUCAAAGAAAAAAUUAUCUUUUCCAUACAUGGUGAGGCUUUGCAUACAAAAUUUGGUCGUUCUGCGCAAAGAUUGAAAAAAACCCUUUUACUAACUCCAACGACAUUUUACGUUGUAGGCCAGACUUUAGUUCAAAAUGCAAUGACUUAUACACAAGAUUAUAAAAUUGAUGUGCGGAACAUUCAAGCAGUCAGUUUAACUAACUUGCAGGAUGGGUGGGUUGCCGUUAACUUGGCUAAUUCCGGUCAACCUGACCCAUUUAUCAAUACGUAUUUCAAAACAGAACUAGUAACGCAUCUAAAAAAACUUAAUGAUAAAAUUCAGGUUAAAAUAGGGCCUACGAUCGAGUACCAAAAGAAACCCGGAAAAUUGCAUGCAGUCAAAUGUCAACUUAGUGAAUCGGCUCCAAAAUACAGUGACAUAUAUAAAUCGAGCACAAUAUCUGUUCGCCGUGGUAAUCCUCCCAACUCUCAAGUGCAUAAGAAACCGAAGAAAAAUAGCACUCUUUCUUCAGGCUAUGGUGCCAAUUCUUCACGAACAACGAGGAGGCCUGUCUCGAGCACUCCCGCACAACGUGUACCCGUUGCUCCGGUAUCAAGAAAUUCCAAAAAGCCUGCUCCUCCGCCACCGGGGAUGCAGAACAAAGUGAGUGCAAAAAGGUUUGCCCCCACACCUGCUGCUGCUGCUCGUUCUGCAACUGCCGCUGUUACAAUGCGCACCAACGGGCAGGCUCAUGUACCGCCGCCGCCUCCCCCUCCGCCACCAUCUUCCAAGCCAAAAGAGCCCAUGUUUGAAGCAGCUUAUGAUUUCCCUGGUUCAGGGUCACCAUCUGAGCUACCUUUAAAAAAAGGUGAUGUAGUUUAUAUCACGAGAGAAGAACCCAGUGGUUGGUCUCUUGGAAAAUUGUUGGAUGGUUCUAAAGAAGGUUGGGUACCAACAGCAUAUAUGCAACCACAUUCUGGAAACAAUAUCACUGCACCCCUGCCCCCACAGAACAGAAUUGUUUCUCAGCCAGUCCAAAAUUCUGUACAGCUGAAUAAGGCUGAUUCAACAAAUGUUUUGCCAGCGGCCAACCAGGCAAGUUUUGGUGACGGCCUGGCCAAUGCUUUAGCUGCGAGAGCUAAUAAAAUGAGACUAGAGAGUGAUGGGGAGGAGGCUAAUGGAGAUGAGGAGGAAGACGAUUGGUAG